CAGAAAGACAAGUGUCGCAUGAUUCUGGAUCUCCGAAAGGUGAACGACGCAAUAAUCGUCCCCAAAUUUAAAUAUGAGGGACUCAACCGCGUAGCGGACCUCGCCUGCCAAGGAGAUUGGAUGUUCUCCAUCGACUUGAAAUCAGGCUACCACCAUGUCGACAUCCACCCCUCGUGCUGGACGUUCCUCGGCUUUGAAUUCGACGGGCGCACAUACGCCUUCCGAUCCUUGCCGUUCGGCCUCGCCACAGCACCAUUCGUCCUCACGCAGCUCAUUAAGCAAUUAGCUCGGCGAUGGCGGGAGCAGGGGGUCCGCGUGAUACCCUACGUGGACGAUAUCCUCUUCCUGUGCCCGACCCAGGCACACGCUCAAGCUACGUGCCAACGAGUCGUUAUCGAUCUCAAGGCCACAGGGCUCGUACUCAACUCAAAAAAGUCAAAGCUGAUACCAACACAGCACCUUCGGUUCCUUGGCGUAGAACUUGACACGCAGGCCGGCCGCAUGUGCGAAUCGUGUGUUUACUCGCCUACCCGAUGCGGCACCCCAGGAAAAGAAGAAGAAGAAGAAGAAGAAGAAGAAGAAGAAGAAGAAGAAGAAGAAGAAGAAGAAGAAGAAGAAGAAGAAGAAGAAGAAGAAGAAGAAGAAGAAGAAGAAGAAGAAGAAGAAGAAGAAGAAGAAGAAGAAGAAGAAGAAGAAGAAGAAGAAGAAGAAGAAGAAGAAGAAGAAGAAGAAGAAAGCUUCGUAGUGAGGGCCGCGAACAUGGCCCUCGCUAGCCCUUUUCCACCUUCUAAGCGACCAGACGGACGGGAUUCUGGUUUCUGAUUUCCCAGACGAUGUAAAUACAA